UUUAAUGCAAAUAUAUGCUAUUCUCCAACAGGUCACAACUAAUCGUCUCUCCACACCAGUCAUCAAAAUGUUCACAGCGCAAGACUACAUCGAACCGACUGCUUAUAACGUACAUUGGAAGAACGUUGGGGGCAGUACAGAGAUAGACGAAUACAAAAUCAGUGUGCGGCCAGUGGAGGUGGAUUACUCAAUGGGAGAAGUGAAUGGUAGGCCAAUCGGUGAAUGGGUCGAAUACUCACCAGUUCGACCAAACUGCGCGAGUGAAGAUCAACGCAGGGAAGCUGAGGCGAUUUGCCAAUAUCGUGUGGAGAACCUGAAGCCGGACACAGCCUACGAAUUGGAGCUGUCAGGUCACAACAAUAUGGGAUUUUCCGAGGCUCAAAGAAUCAUAUUUCGCACGUCUUCUCUAUCCGGGGCCACUGGAAGGAUGCUGAACAUGCCAUCGUAUCUGCAGCACACGUCGAGUGCACCAUCGCGGAUGAAAGCACAGUCCAUGGUGCAUCAAGUGCCGUUAAUUCUAUCGCUUAUCCACGUGUGCAGCGUAAUUUAACUGGGGAAACACAAUGAAUUGCCCAAAACCAAAACUAGAUAGAUUAUUAUCAUUCUACAGCAGGGCACGUGACGUGCAACCACUUGGAGCCGCCGCAAGCAAUUGUGCUUCAUGUGUUCGCUCGAUCGCUUGCGCUCAAGCUGUGAAGUGAAACUGGCAGGAGAUAACGCUUAUUCGGAAGAAGUCCAAAUCCAGACCCGAUAUUUAAUUUCGAAAGCCUUGCAUUUAAAUACUUCAUUCUUUUAGGAUAUAAUCAUGAAAAGUCGUUCAGAAUUACACAACUAAUGAACCAUUCCCACGACUCCAGAGAUAUACCUUUUAUUUACUUACUAUUCAUCGAAGAUUUGAGUCGCAUUUUGAAUUUAUUUCUUAUAUUACUUAUUAUUCGCACUGUAUGCAUAGCGUACGUAGACCGAACUUGGAAAUUGUAAUCCAUUGC